AUGUACGCUCAGGCAAUGCCUAAACGCCGAACGCUCCUUCCCCAACCGCUGAUGUCCAUUCCGCUGUUGAUGCUCAUGCUUUUGACGGAAUGUCUGCCCGCUAAAGCUAGCGGAAAUUAUGCUAUUUCCGAUGACAGCGCUGACAGCGGGCGCCGUCAUCUUCAGUCAGUGGCACCGAAGCUCUUAGUGAUAAAUCGUAAUGCUAACAGUGUGAAUAACAAAACCAAUGAGGAUGUCGCAUCAGCAACAGAAUCACAGCAACAUCAACAGCAACGGGAACCGAAGACAUACAGACACUUUAAUAUUUCAGCCUAUGCCAAUGAUUUCAAUUUGCAAGCUGACGCCACCAUUCCCGAGGACAUAUUUGACCAAAAUGAUGAGGACAUUGAAGAAGAUACGGAAUCCCAACUGCAAUUUGCGGAGCCUUUUGUUGAUGACGCUGACGAGUCCGAAGUGGCUGAUAUUAUACUUGAAUCUCAAAGGCCCAUUUCAAGAAAUUUUACUGUUUAUCUAGCCAUAGAUGGUAAGGCAGCCAAGAAAAAAUACCAUAACAACAAAAACAAUAUACACAGUAACAGCCACUACAAUUACAAAUUAAAAAACAAUAAAAAGAGCUCGCUGCCGAAGAAAGCUGCCAAUGAAGGACAUACAGCUUCAGCUACAAAUUCCACUUACGGCACUGACGACAACAACAUCAACAGUGGCAGAGACAGCAGCGAAGAGUCCUCGAACAUGUACUUUAGCAGCAAAAGUUUUGCGUAUCAAAAAUUUAAGAACUUGGACGAACAGGAAAAUCAACAGAAACAAAAGGAGCAACAGCAGCAUGCAAAUGCCAACAGUCCAAGCGAGCAGAUGGGAGACCAAGGGCGUGAACAAACCGAAAGGGAUGGAGAAGGCACACAACAAAGACAACAACAACGACAACGACAUCGCCAACGAGAACAGGAGACAGAGCAGCAGCAGGAACAGCAAGAGCAGCUGUUUGAUUCUGUUGAAAUAUUAAAUGAACGAAAAUUGAAUAAAGCGUUGGUCCAAUCAACGUUGCAAGCAUCUAAGGCUGUGAAUGGCGAGGAGGACAUUAUGGCAAUCGGCGAUAUUGCGGACAAUUUUGGCAAUGAUGAAGUAUUGGAGGAAGACAUUAAGUCCACAAUCGACAGUGAUGAAUCAGCAACCACUUCCAAGAACAACACUACAACGUCAUCAAGCAGCGCAGUAACAACAACAACAGAAUUCACUAAUGUUGCUGCAACAACAACCGCAAGAAGCUCAAGUUACCAGGAUCUUUCGUUGCCUAUAGGACGCAAGAAAAAGCGACAUGGCAACGGUAAUAAGCUGGCAUGGGUUGUGGGAGGUAGAUCCAAUGACAACGACAAGUACGACAUAGGUCGUAUUCAAGCCCAUAACGACGAACCGCAAUACAAGGAAACUAACACUGCCAGCCCAGAUUUGGAAGUAAACGCCAGCGACGUGGGUGAGCUGCAUUACUACGAUGGCAUUCAGAAUUUGAGGAGUUCCGAAGACAGUCCCAGUCCCAUCAAAUCCCACGCCAAUUACUUGAGCAACUAUUUCGGUGUUGCAAUAAAUGAAACCAAGAAACAACAACAACAACAGCAUGACACUCGUUCCCUAAACGCCGAAGAUUACACGGAAGACCAGAUGCUGAAACUGGAAUCGGAUACUGCGUUGGGCUAUCGUUUGGAUGCUGUCACAAGUUCGCCUUCAGCAUUUGAGCGCUUUAAGGCUUUAAGGCGCAACAAUCGUCGCAAUGGACACAAGACCCACAAGAAACGCUACAAGAAUUACCUGAAGCAUAACCCCACGUUGACUUCAAAGUAUGCGCUUAAGUUGCGCAAGGAUCUGGAGCACGAGCACCGCGAGAGAGAGCGAGAAUGGGAUCAGGAUCCAGGGCAUGAGCAGAUACACACCCAUGCAGCGCCAAUUUUUGCCCUGGGCGUUCGACCACAACGCGUCACAACAAAGCCAUUCUAUGAGGGUCAAGUCAACUACUAUGAUAAUCAGGAGGAACGGCAGCAGCAGUAUCAGCCGGACGUUCAUCAUUCCGAAAUGGAGCGUCUAAUUGCCACUGACAAUGGAAUUUGGUAUCGACGCAUCAGUCCAGUGUUGCGUAAUGGUGUCAAAACCAAUGAGCAGCAGCAAGCAAAACAUCUCCAUCAUCUAAAGCAUCAUCAUCAUAAGCAUAUACGUCAACGUGAACCAAAUCAAUACCAGCGCAAGGCAGUAACUGGAAAGCUGUCGGUACCGCCAUCAACGCCACCAGCGCCUCUGCCACCGCCAAAUCAGCAUUUAGGCCAUCAGAUUACCGAUUUGGAGCAACUGGAGCGAUAUUAUGCCAAAUGGCCGCAUUUGGCACGCGUACAAUUUCAGGUCUAUGACGAACACUAUCGUGAAUCUCACUCAGAGCUGUAUCCCGAUUAUGAUACAGAAGAGGAUUACGAAACAGCUGCGGAGUUAGAGGAAGCCCAACAAGAUCACGGCGAAGAGGCGAAUUUGCCACCAUACAUCAAGAAGUACAAUCGUCGUAACAAGCAGCUACUCAAUCUUCUCGAGGGCACAUUAUCGCCACCAACACCCACACCGAUACCAACACAACCCGUUGACGUCUGGAGCAACUUACAGCUGCAGCCCAUACGUCUGGAUGAUGAAUAUGUGAAACAGGACCGACAUCGCUAUCAGCAAAGUUACGAAGAUCUCUUUUCCCGACAACGCAGUGGCAGCAAUUCAACAAUAACGCCACCAACGCUGUUCAACAAUUCAACAAGUCUUCUCAAUCAGUUACCAGAUGAGGAUAAGCAAGUGGAGCAUCUAGCAGGCGCCGACAGCUAUUGGCAAAAAGAGCUUGCAACCGAGACGGCUGCAGCGCUGCGCUCUACACCAAAGCCUGCACUCUUUAAAUUGCCUCUGUAUCCGGCGAUCAAAAGCAGCUUUGUAGGCACGCCACCGCGCAGUCGUAGCGCACAGUUUGUGGCAAAUGUUGCCGGGAGAGCAAAGCAAAGAAACAGGAAUGUUGCAUUAGAAAGCUAUGCUACCGAUGAUGGUGAUGUGAACAGCACGACAGCGCCACCAUCAUCGCCACUCAAUUCGUUUGUGUAUCAUCGCGUUUUGGAUGGCAUUGGUGGCUCCUCGUCAUCUUCAUUCAGUCGGAAGCAGCGUCUACCAUUCGUUGCAAUCACGGAUCGACGCCUGGACAGCGUCAACUCUCACAAACUGCUUGCUGAACGACACAAAGAUUAUGAGCAGAAUUACUUUCCGAUGCCUUAAGUCGCUUUAUCCAUUUGAACAACAAUAACAACCGCAAAUUAAUGCAGAGGAAUAAUAAAAACCUUUUUUAACCAAAACGAAA